AUGUUUACAGUGUCUUUAAUAGUGCUGCAAGGCUACAACCAUUCGGACUUGGACGAGACGAGCGCACAGUUCUGAGAAAUUAAAGGAUAAUAGCCGUACUAGUUUGCGACUCGUCUGACAACCUACAAGACGAGACCGUGACUGACUGCCUAAACAACGUUUUUAGUAAGAACAACUGCAACGCGGACUUUGUUAGACGGAACACUCACAGUAACACUGAUUCCAACACUUAGACAAACGUCAACUCUGGCCCUGUUACGACAGCGACUAUACCGUACAUCAGGGGCACCUCUGAAACUAUUGCACGUAUACUACAACUGUACAAUAUACGUGUUGCACACAAACCAAUAACCACUUCACGACGACUACUUACUAAUGUCAAAGACAAGGACAAACCGGAGGACAGAUUGGGAGCAGUAUACAAGAUCAAAUGCUGCGACCGCCAGGCUACUUACAUUGGUGAAACCGGCAGAAACCUUAGCACGCGACUGACCGAACACAAACAAGCGACGAGGAAUGGUCACGUUAAUAAUCACAUUGCUGAACACCACUAAGAGGGUGCUAAUGGGGGUACCCAAUUCCCAGUUAACUACUAUUUUUGAGGGCAAUUAUCAGUCAACUACUAUUUUUUUGGCCAAAUAUCAGUUAAUUGUUAACCCCAUUCGCACCCUACACUAAUACAGACCAAAUACCAAACCGACUGAUACUCUGCGACAUGUAUUACGUGUUCUACAGACUACUAUCAACAACACACUUUAGAAAGCUGGUUUACUAACUUAGAAAAAACGCCACUGAAUCGUAGUCAAUAGUUACUGGCACCGUACAAACGGCUUUUUUACGAAAUCAAGCAAAACUAACUACAAGAGAACGACUGGACUGACAAUUUGGCAAACAACAACAGACGAUUGUUUAACAGUGACAAAAUAGACGGAUCGAAACGCACCAAUUACAUUACAAGUCUUCAUAAUCAAUAACAUAAAGGCUUAACGACCAAUGACAGACGACCAAUAACAUUGCGACGUAAUUGACCAAUCAGGUCAAUAACCAGAGUACAAUACCAUCAACUGACGUGAUACAACUCACUUUGACUCUGAAGGUGACAACCACACAGGUUGUCGAAAUGUCAGUCACUAUCAACGACAACAGUCCUUUUCAGGAAUACGUUCACCCGGACGAUCAAACUCAACCUACAUUAUUAUGAUGAAGAUGAUGAUGACGACGACGACGACGACGACGACGACGACGACGACGACGACGACGACGACGAC